AUGUCAUUGAAAGGGAUUAAAAAGGCCAUAAUAAGAACACCAUUUCAAUUACUUGAAAGAAAGACCGUUGAAGACCAAACAUUGAAAGAAUGGGACCAUGACCUGGAUGUUUCGGUAUCUGGACUCACCUUCUUAACUAACCAAUUAACCAGAUAUCGCAAGAUUAGUACGGAGAUACUGAAUGACCAAAUUGACAUAGUUCAUCUAUACAAGCGGAUUCAUAGGCCAUUGUCCUCGCAAAAGCUCGAGCCGAAGGAUAACCAGCUUUCCUUCGAUGAGAAGACUCAGGAGACUUUUGAGACUGAUAAGGAGUUCGACGAUUCAUACCGGCUGAUGUACCUACUGCAAAAGCAAGUUAUUGAUAGGGUAUCGGAGCUAGAGACUUCAGUAAAGGCUCAAUGCAAAGAAAUGGCUGCACACAUACACGGUGUUCGCUCGCUGAUUAAGAAGAGAAACCAUAAGAAAGUUGAUUAUGAAAUGUCCAAGAGUAAUGUCCAGAAAAUAAUAUCUAAGAAGGAUCACUUUGCGGAAAAGGAUAUAGAAAAUCUAGAAAAGAAUCAGGCCCAAAUGGAUGUCGCUUUGGAAACGUUUUUGGAGUUUGACGACAAGAUUAGAUUAAUUGUACCCCAAUGCUUGGAAUACUUGAGUGAAUUUCUAAAUAAGAUAACGUUGAAAUGUUACUAUGAGCAAUUGUCCAUUGAUGAAUACAUUCACAGAAAGAUACAUGAGUUUUCGGUUGCCAAUGGAAUAGUGAAGACAGAUGGCAAAAGUCCAGACUUUUCGACCAUGACUUCAGAUUGGGAAGAUCAAAUAGUGCCAAUUAUGGUAAAGAUUGAAAAUUUGGAGCUUAUUAAAAGUUAUCAGCAUUUAACCAACAAAAACUUCUUGCAGAGAUCUACUAAUGUCGUUAAAGAAAAAACCUUAGUGGCCUCGGAGAAAUCUGUUCAUACAACAGGUGCAAUACUCACAAAACUGUCGAACACAAACCAGAAUUUCAGCUUCAAGAGCGGGUCCAUUGAAAACCCCGUCAAGCCGGCGCAUCCGGAAGGAAUUUUUUGGAAGCCUUUGGACCCCUUUGAUGAGGGUUUUUUUGACGCUAAUCUGCCAACUGACACUGCUAAUGAACGUGAGAAAAUACACACCCCAGUCCUGGAAUCGUCAAAGUCAUGGAUGAGGCCAUUAUCACUAAAAAGUGACCAACCUGUUCCUGACAUAAAUUCUCCUGUGUCGCCAGUAGCUAAAGAGGAAGACGCGGAAGAAGCAGAAGAACCAACACAUAGCCCUAUAACAGAAACUGAGUCCUCUGCCCACAAAGCAACAAAGACUGAACCCUACAAGAGUAUUCCUAACGCAAAGAUUGCUGAAGCUCUAAAAAACCAGAAUCGCAGCCCCCAAAUUGUCCGUUGUCCAGUUACAACGAAUUUAAGGUCGGAACCUUUAGUGAAUUUUAACCUGAGGGACUAUGUAGCGUCCAGGUCAUCCAUCACGUCUUUCAUCUUUUGCAAGCAAUUAGUGAAGAAUGCAUAG